ACAGAGCUGAGUGUGCGGGAAGGGUGGAGUGUGAGUGCCGCUAAGCGCUGCUAUCAGCCCGGUGAGGAAGACCUACUCCUGGAAUAAACAAAGCUCCUCAGAGGAGGGCACCAGGAAUAGAACAUUGAGCCAGAUACAAUGAGGCGUGUGGUGCGACAAAGCAAGUUCCGUCACGUCUUUGGGCAAGCGCUAAAAAACGACCAAUGCUACGAUGACAUACGGGUCUCCCGUGUUACUUGGGACAGCUCUUUCUGUGCGGUAAACCCCAAUUUUGUUGCCAUAAUUAUUGAAGCAAGUGGAGGAGGGGCCUUCCUGGUGUUGCCUCUACAAAAGUCUGGAAGAAUCGAUAAAGCCUACCCAACAGUCUGUGGCCACACAGGACCAGUGCUGGACAUUGACUGGUGUCCACACAAUGACAAUGUUAUUGCCAGUGGCUCUGAAGAUUGCACAGUUAUGGUAUGGCAGAUCCCAGAGAAUGGUUUGACUAUCCCUCUCACUGAUCCUGUGGUUGUGCUGGAAGGACAUUCCAAGCGAGUUGGCAUUGUAACGUGGCAUCCAACUGCUCGUAAUGUAUUGCUUAGUGCAGGAUGUGACAAUGCCAUCAUCAUUUGGAAUGUGGGCACUGGAGAGCCUUUGAUAAACUUGGAAGAUAUGCACAAUGAUAUGAUCUACAGUGUUUGCUGGAACCGUAAUGGGAGCCUCAUCUGCACAGCCGGCAAAGACAAGAAACUUCUUGUAAUAGAUCCACGAAAGAUGGAAGUGGUAUCGGAGAAAGAAAAAGCUCACGAAGGUGCCCGGCCCAUGAGAGCAAUCUUUUUAUCUGAUGGAAACGUCUUUACUACAGGGUUCAGUCGGAUGAGCGAACGUCAGCUAGCAUUGUGGAAUCCAAAAAAUAUGGACGAGCCAAUUGCACUACAUGAAAUGGACACUAGCAAUGGAGUUUUGCUACCGUUUUAUGAUCCAGACACUAAUAUCAUUUACUUGUGUGGAAAGGGUGAUAGCAGUAUUCGGUAUUUUGAAAUCACAGAUGAGUCCCCAUAUGUCCACUACCUCAAUACAUUCAGUAGUAAGGAACCACAGCGAGGGAUGGGCUAUAUGCCAAAGAGAGGGCUGGAUGUCAACAAGUGUGAAAUCGCCAGGUUCUACAAGCUGCAUGAGAGGAAGUGCGAACCAAUCAUCAUGACUGUUCCCAGGAAGUCUGAUCUAUUCCAAGAUGAUCUAUACCCUGAUACUGCUGGACCUGAUGCUCCAAUAGAGGCAGAGGACUGGUUUGAUGGGAAAAAUGCAGACCCCGUCUUGAUUUCCCUAAAGCAGGGGUAUGUGCCAACCAAAGGCAGAGACCUCAAUGUAGUUAAGAAGAAUAUCCUUGGCAGCAAGCCAGCAGCCCAUAAAAAGGCUGAGCCAGCCAGUGCCCCCAAGAAGAUGGCUGAGACUUCCCAUCCACCUAAUGAUGACAAGGUGGAUGACAUCAUGAUGGAGCUUCGGUCAAUGAAAGAGACCAUGCGGCGCCAUGGGGAACGAAUCGCCAAGCUAGAAGAUAUAGUUGCCAGUCUCACCACCAAUGAUGAGUCAGAAGAAUGAGCAGUCCAUACUCCUGACUGAGCUGGAGGAUCCCACUGCCAGAUUCCACCCUUCACAUUCCUCCAGGCCCAAAUGAUCACCAUUCCAAAAACAGACUUCCCACCAUUCCCUUUAUUUCACUGACACUUUCCAAAUACUCCUUCUACCAGGUGCCUCUCUUAAGACCCUAAUAGUGCCACUUCAGAAGUAUUGCUUGAGAGUCCAACUACUGAGGGUUCAUUAUUUACAUUUCAGCUUGUACUUUCUUAGGCAAGACCCAUAUUCCAAAGGAAGACAUUUAGACCAACAUCUGCCCCAGCCCUUACAUUAAAAGCCAAGUUUUUUUUACCCUUAGCUAUAAAGUGUUACAUGAAAAUUAUUUCCUAAUUCCAACAUCAGUACAAUAUAUAUAGUUUUUUUUUUAUCAUUUUGGUUCUGAAAAUUGAUUUUCAGGGGAGGUGAUAUAGAGGAUGGACCAAUGCCACACUUAUGUUUUCUUUUGCCAAAAAGACCUUUCUGUGAGGUUGUUAUAUUGGGACCAUGCAUCUUAUAUUUUUUUUUAUUUUUAAUGUCAAGCAGAAAGCACUGUGUUACACUGUCUGGAUUGCGAAAAUAGUAAUUACCCAUAACGGCUUUAUGAGUUUUAUAUAAAUCUUUUUGCUAA